CGCGCUGCUGAGCCUGCGACGUUAGCAGUGGAUGAAAAAAAAAAUCUCUUUGCUUCAGCCAACGGACGCAUAAUUUUGAAAGGAAAUAAGUGAAGCCCCAGACCCAGUUUUGUCUCCUGUUACCUUGGCAUAACAACCAAGGACCUGUACCGAGUACAAGAGGAGGAAAAAUACCAACUCAACCACCUUCCAACCUUGCCUUCCCUCACCAGAAAGUUUUCACAAAGGACACACAGCAGAGUGACCACAGUGAGACAGGAGUGCUCUUUGAGAGGAGGCAACGACGAAAGCAAACAGAUUCUCCAUUAUUCCAAGGAUCUAUCCUUUUGAGUGAGUCUGAAGCUGAAGCCAAAGGAGGGACUAUGAAGACAAGCUGUGUCACCCCACAUUGCAGUCCAACAAGAUAUGAUAUAACAUGGGUCCCCUGCUAAUCACCAUGAUGACCAAAACGCUGUGACUGGCAUUGUGAAGCCUUCACCCCUUUUUCAGCACCCAACCCAGACCCUUCUCCUCCUUGGAAAUCCUGUCUAGCAACAUUUGUUGCUUCCCUUUCUCCUGCAAACACAACCUCCUCCUCUCCUGCCUGCACCCACGUUUUUCACCUUAAUAAUUCUAGCUUCCCCUUUUUCUUUUAUUUCUUUUCAUCGGCAUCAUGCAGGGUGCCUCUACCACCUCCACUCUCCUUUUUCUUAUGCUUCCCACCCUCCUAUUCUUCUCUCACUUUCCCUGCACGGUGAAUGGGGACUGCUGGCUCAUUGAGGGCGACAAAGGCUAUGUGUGGCUGGCUAUCUGCAGUCAGAACCAGCCACCGUACGAAACUAUCCCCCAGCAUAUCAACAACACCGUCCAUGACUUGAGAUUGAAUGAGAACAAGCUGAAAGCUGUGCUUUUCAGCUCCAUGUAUCGCUUCACCAACCUUACUGACCUCAACCUCACCAAGAAUGAAAUCAGCUACAUUGAGGAUGGAGCCUUUGCAGGACAAGCCAACCUACAGGUUCUUCAGCUCGGCUACAACAAGAUGACGAACCUAACUGAGGGUAUGUUGAGAGGGCUCGGCCGCAUGCAAUGCCUCUUCCUCCAGCACAACCUCAUUGAGGUUAUAGCCAGCAAUGCAUUCUGGGAGUGCCCCAGCCUCAGCAGCAUUGACCUGUCAUCCAACAGACUUGCCCGCAUUGACCCAGCCACAUUCACGGUUCUUGCUCGACUGAUGGUGUGUGAACUGGCAGCAAAUCCAUUCCACUGUGGUUGUGAUCUGUACAGCUUCCUAAUCUGGUUGGAGUCCUUCAACAAUGUGACGCACACCUAUGACCGCCUCCAGUGUGAGACGCCCCGGGAGAUGUUUGGCUACCCCUUACUCAUCGCUGCUGGUCAUGCUGGUCGGAAUGCCAAAAAUAUUUUGUACCAUCACUGUCGAGAUGGAGUGAUGAUUCCAGGUAUGACCUCCCUCCCACCAGAUCUGGAUGGUCCUUCCGGUAUUGGGCCAGAGAUGUUUAAUGGUGUGGGUCCGUACCACCAGCCCACCACCUCUUCCUCAUCCACUGAACACAGCUUCAUUCCCAGCAUCAAGCUCCAUCAUGUCUCUUUGUCAUCAGCCUCUCUCCUUGUACAGAUUCCAAGGCCCUACAGCAAGAUGUAUAUUCUAACACAAUACAACCACACAUAUGUGUCUGAUGUAAUGAAUCUGAAGAACAAGAAGGAGAUGAUUACCCUCAACAAGCUCAAGCCGCAUACUAAUUACACCUUCUGUGUAGCAUCCAUCCGCAACUCUCAGCGUUACAACCACACCUGCCUCCAGUUUUCCACUCGGGCUCAGAAUCAAGAUGACAUGCUCCCCACACCUUCCACUACUACUCACUACAUAAUGACCAUUGUGGGCUGCCUUUUUGGCAUGCUCAUUGUUUUAGGCUUUGUCUACUACUGUCUGCGUAAGAAACGGAUGCAUGAUGAGAAGAAGAAGUCCAUCUGCGUCAAGAAAACUAUACUAGAAAUGCGCUACGGACCAGAGGUGGCAGCAGCAGUGGCAAAUGAUCCAUCUGCAGUCCACAAGCUCCAGGAGCAGUCCAGAGAACAUCACCAGUAUCAGCACCACCAUGGAGGCAAACUUCCCAUGUCCGCAUCCUCUAGCUCGGGAAUGCUCCACUCAGCCAACACCAGUUCCUCCAGACUUUCCUCUAUUCCGCAAGUAGAAAAGAUGGCCACUGCCUUUUCAGAGGCCAUGGCUACAAGUAAAGGGAACUACAUGGAUAUCAGAACUGGAGGGGCAGGGCUGGAGAGGAUGGGAGAUAGUGGACAUGGUGGGCUAGACUUGAGGGACGAUGAUGGAACUGAUAUUGGGGAUGACUCAGAUGAUGACGGACAUGGCUCUGCAUCAGAGAUUUCCACCAUUGCCAUGGAGGUGGACAAGGUUAACCAGAUCAUUAACAACUGCAUUGAUGCACUGAAACUGGAUGCAGCAGCAGUUGCUGCUUCAGGGGCCUCUACUAACCCUAUAUCCAGCUCCAAUCCCACCUCCCCUCCUCCCACAAGCACGUCCUCUCUUACUCGUGGCCUAAUCCCACUCUCCCAAGGGGUGACAGAGACGUGCCAAGUCAUGGCUCCAAACAAAAUACCCCCUCCGCCUCCACUCCCUGCCUUGAAUACUCCUCUCUCUGAGCGCCCAGGGAUCAGUGGUGGUGGCUUUGUCGUCACUCCCCCCUACAGGCCCCCUCCGCCCGCCACAGCUGUGCGUCCCAUUCAGCGGCAAAUGAGUGCCGAUGCAGCUGUGGUUAUUGUAAAUUCUGUCAAGAAACAGUGCAGCACCACCUCUUGUGGCUCCAUGGGUCGGGACAGGGAUCGUGGAGGAGCUAGGGUGUAUAGCCUGGAUGUUCCUGAGCCACGGAGCCCAGAUGCUUGUAAUCAACAACAGCAGCAGUACCCAGACCGGGCCAGUCCCGUGGGCUGUGGGGAGCCCCUAGAAAGGCUGCCUUUAGUGGGGAGUGGGAGCUGUGGUGGAGGGGGUGGUGGUGGUUGCGACAGUGGUGGUGUUGGUGCCCAACAUCAGGACAACCAGAAGCCACACCAUUAUCAUCAACAGCAACAAAUACAACAACAGCAACAGCAGCAGCAGCAGCUGGAGGUGCAGCAGGACUACCACUGCUCGGAGCACCGCCACUCCGUCCCAGCUCUAUAUUAUGAAGGCUCCCACCAAGGCUCCCCAGCCCAGAGGGUUUCCUUCCUUAAGCCCCUGACACGCUCCCGCAGGGAUGCAGCGUCUUACUCCCAGCUUUCGCCUGCCCGCCACCAUUCCAGUUACUCUGGCUACUCCUCUAGCCCAGAGUACUCCUCAGAGAGCUCACUGCGGAUCUGGGAGCGCUUUCGUCCCUAUCGGAAAGGCCAGCGCGAUGAAGCCUGUUACGUGACGGCUGGAAAUGCCCUUAGAAAAAAGGUGCAGUUUGCUAAAGGCGAGGACCUGCAUGACAUCCUUGAUUACUGGAAGGGGGUGUCGGCACAGCAGAAGCUGUGACUGGGGGACCAGAAAUAGGCAUUGUGGUAAGAAGAGUUUGGAUGCUCCUUUUCCUGAAUGGCCCAUGGGCCAGAGGAACGAUUUGAAGAUCAUGGGGAGAAAAAUAUAGGACAAAAUUUUGCCUUUGGGUUUUUUUUGGCAUGCUAGGUGUAUAGAAUUUUGUGCUAAAGCAAGGACUGUGAAACUGUGCCUGGGAUAUGAGAGUCAUGGUGUUUUAUUUUACACUUCAUUGUAGCACCAUUUCUGGAUCAUUCUCAUUGAGUGUUUGUGGGUUUUAUUUUUUCACACACGGAGCCAAUGCCAACUGUGUAAUUUAGUACUCUUUGAGUGAUCAUGUUUUGUGAUCCUAUGGACCAUCUUUAUCAGUGCCAUGUUUUCAUCUAUGGGUAAUCACAGAAGGUAAAUGCUGAUAUCCUUCAUUUUAAGCUUGUGGGAUCCAAGAUGUUGUUUCCUAUUUGGUAUUGGGUGCUGUAUCAAUUUGCAGAUAUGUUUAGACUUCUGAGUGAAGGCAGACUAUGACAGGUGGGAUCUGUGCUCUGAUACAAGUGACAACAUGCUGUUUAGUGAACAGAUUUGUCAAAUGCAGGCCCUAUCCCCCUUCCUCGAGAUCCUUCAUGUGGCUGAGGUAUUUGCAUUUCAAUAGCAUCUGUCACACAGAAAGAGCAGAGAAAUUGGAAACAAAUUAACAAUGUGAAAAUAGUCCAGUCGGCUUGAAGGUCCUGCAGUAUGAGGAAAUCACGAGAGAAAGAUUGUGUGGAACAUAACACUCAAAUAGUCCUUGGAUUGCACCCUGAGGUGUUUCACAUGUCCUUCCAACAAACACUCUUGCAUGGCUCAAUACGCGAUGUAAGGAAUGUUCCCCAGAUGUCUCAAGCUUUCCUAAACGGCAGUUGCCCAAGUCAUGAUCAUAAUUGUUUGCGUAAUUUCAAAGAGUACAGAGGGCAAAAUGAUGUCCCUUUAUGAAGGUAAUUAGAUGCUACUUACCUGUGCAACAGGGAAAUUUAACUAUGUGACAGAUGAGCUCAUGCAAUCCCUUUAUAGAAAGACAUGAGAGAUGUGACCCACAUGUGACAGAGACCAAGACAAACUGAAAGCGAGAGGGGGUAUAAAAGAAAAAAUAAAGGGAAGACAAGCAAAGAUAUAAAUAAUUUUCCGCAGCCACUGUGGAUGUUAAGUAGAUUUCUUGCAGGUUAUGGGGAAAUCUCUUUGCAUCAUUCAAUGUGAGCACCACAGUACAUUCCAAAUCCUUUCUCCAACAUUAAAACUGGAUUGAGGCACAGAGGGAAAGGACAUGUCUAAUUACUGCCAACACGUCUGUUUUGUUCUGGGUCUAUUGAUAACUUAAUUAGUCGACUUGUGACAGGCAUGUUCGCUUGCACUUUACGCCUCAUGAUUGUGUGUGUGUGGACGUGUGGUACACAGUGGUCAGUGUAAGUGCGUGUUGGCAUGCCUUGUCAGAUUAUAUUCUAUGUGUCCAAAUUGACUUAAAUUAAUAGUUGUCACAUCUUACCCAUUGGCUGUUCGUCUAAGUCUAAACAAUAUUAGAUAAUUAAUGGCAUGGACAAAUGUACAAAUGUGUUCAUUGUAUUUUCCCAGACAUCCAUCACAUGAUCGUGAUGCUCAGAUAUACACACAGUAGCGCAGUGCCUCUUGCUAACACAGCCAUAAUCUAAUCUCCAUUCUUGUAUAGUAUUAUCCAUCCACCUGGCCUUUGCUAUUGAAAUGAUGUGAUUCUCCUCAAUGAUAGUGUUAUUGCCUGGCAUUCUGACAAAAGGCAUCCUGCUUACCCAAAGUGCUGUGUAGCCUUUGCUUUUUUUUUUUUUUUUUUUUUGCCAUUAUCAGCAAACAUACACAGUUUGAGACAUUCUACCCUAAAAAUGUGAAAACUGAAUCAGUGGUCCUUGCUCCACAUUUUUGUUCAGGGCUAUAUUCAAGAGGAAAAAAAGUUACACAGACAAGUUUAAUCUUAGCAACAGUUUUCUCUCUCCUUUGAUCCUCAUGUCUUCACUAAAUGAUGUUCAUUUGUCCCACCUCCCACUACUUUCACUGCCCCCGCAGGUUUGAUGGGCUAUGGGUUUGGCAUGAGACAUGUCUUGUUGUGUUUUAUUAAAAGAGAAAUGUGAGAAAUAGCCUUUAUUGCAGGUAGGACUUGGGUCUGCACAACACAUCUCAACACUGCUUUUCUUCUUUUUUUAGAGUGGUCGAUUUUUUUUUAGCACAUGCUUGACUCCUUUGAAUAAAAGCAGGUUAAAUAGGACUGAAUAUGCAACUACGAGAGGGUGGUUUGUAAUAGUAUUUCCAUAUUGAUCUGUGUAUUUCUUCCUCCCUCUUUGUUUUCAUGAAACGUCUAUCUCUGUCUCAUUUUCCUUGUUUUAUUAAGCUGUAUGCAUACAGUCAGGGUCAGAGGUCUUUAACCUUGGAGUCAGUGUUGUGCUGUGAGUGUUUAUGAUUGAUCGGACCGCAUAAAUUCAAGAGCCUCAAUGUUGUCUUUUAGUACUAGCGUGUUUGGGACGCACCACCUCAUCCGCCUUCUUUAUACGAUAAAGCACCAUGUGAUGAACAUACAGUCUUGGAAAUGUCUGCCACUAAUCUCCUAUUAUGUGAGAUAAGAAAGUUUCCAAAGGAACUUGUUACUGUGAUUGACUCAGACAAAUCAGACGAAAGGAUUUUCUUUGCUGGUACGUUCCAAGAGUACCUAAUCACACAGAAGGAACAUGGCGCGUUUAACUCCCCAGAUCCUCAACUGCCAUAAGUUUACAGAAAUGGACACUGAGGAUAAGUGUAAAUGUUCAGUAAUAUCAGGAUUGCUCCUCAUUUCAGCUGCCAUUUAUGUUCAUCUAACAGACGAGAUGUAAUGUGACAGAAAAUCCUGAUUAUUACUGUUUUCAUGGAUGAUUUUUAAUUUCAUACAUUUUCUAUUUUAAUUAACAUAUUUAAUGCACCAAUGUAUUUUUCAGGAAAAAAAAGAGAUUUUCAGGGUGGACAGAUGUUUGUUCAAGUGCUCUUCUGCUCAGAUUUCAUUCAAACGUUUGUUUGAAUAAGCCUCUGUAAUGAUACAGCAUUACUGGCCCAACAGACAACAUUGUCAAUGCUGGUGGGAGAAGUGCCAAUCUGUCUAAUGAUUUAUAAACAGUGUUUUCACCAUAGCUCAAAUGAGUGCUAUUGUUGGAGGGGAAAUUGUGUUUCCCAUCAUUAAUAAUAACUUGAAAGCCUGCUGCCAAAACAACCACAAAAGAGUCAUGGCAAAGUGGAAAUGAAGACAUGGAAUUCAAAACUGAUGAACAAGUCCUUCUAUAAGUCAGCCCGAAACAGUCAAAACAGGUACAAGUAUGAACAAAAGAUGCUGAGAAUUUUUUCCAAAGUGGACUUCCGAAUAAACCUCUGCUCUUUAUUAUUGCUUGUUCCCCUCAAGCAAAGCAAUCACUGGUGGUUUAGACAUAACAGUUGUGUUAAUUGGCCUUGGAGGUUAAGCAGGUAGUUAAUGAAGUUUUACAGUUCUGUUGUGGUUAUGUGAGAAGUUUAUAUCUAUAAUUGUCACUCUACAGGAUUGUAGAUUCCCAUAAAACAGAGUAGACUCUCGGGUAAUAGCCAGUUCAAAUAACUUACCAGCUGAAUUAUUAAAAUCUCAACCAGGACCACAAAUAUUUCUCAAAACAUUUGGCAUGCUAGUGUACCUGUUUUUUGUCCCACAAAGCCAGCAUCAAACAAAAAAACCCUUCUUUUCCUUUUCAGCUCAUAUCCUCACUGAACCCCUGGAGGGUGUUUCACUCGGAGAUCAAUGGUCCUUUUUGUAGCACCGUCCUUGUUGUUUGUCUCAGAGCCACAGGAAAGCCAGACGUGAGAAAGCCAUCUAAUGUGCUAUUAAUGUUUAAUCCUUUUUGUGGGAGGCUGGCUCGGGUUGCUUCCCCUAUCUGCGUAUACCGCCACAAAAUCACAGAUGCUUUCAGUUUCUAGCAUGUUAAUCCUUUGAUGCUCUCUUAUAUUUAAAAGCCUGGCCCAAUUAAACUGAAGUUUCUUAAAUAAUGAAUCAGAGCCCAAAAUGGGGUGUGGGUUUAUGUCUAAUCAGUUUCUAAAUUACUAAAGGAGUUAAAUGCAUCCAUUAGUGGAGACCACAGUAAAAGGUCCCAAUCCUCCCGUGACACAGUGCACUUUUUUACUCGUGUGAUCUGUCAUUGAAGCAGUCCCAGUCAAAGUGAGACAUUACUUUUAUGAGCAAUCAUCAUCAUUUAAGGGUCAUCUCAGGAUUCACUUCUCAAGAUAGUCCUGUGCGUGAUCAUUUACUAGAUAAUUUUCUUACAUGGAAGAUGGAAAACAUGCUCAAACCUAUAGAUAUAAAAUCUGUGAAUAAGCAAAACUGCGUCCUCUAACCAGCCCUAUUAUAGAGUAGAUUGCAUUGCACAUUAUUUUUGAAUCCCAUAAUAGAGAAACAAUAUUGAAAUGUUUAAACUAAGAGCAGUGGACUGGAAGAUCAAGACCCAAAGAGAGGUCACAAAGACUGAUAUAGGCAGUGAGAGAUAUAUGUAAAUAAUUGAUUAAUGUUAAGUAAUUAAAAAACACAUUUUGAAUAACCUAUGUUGUCUUGAUCACGCCAGCGGCAAAAUUACUUUUUCCAUGGUUUUUAUUAUGUGACAUAUUCAACUUGUUCUUUCUCCCAACUCGUCAAAUACGACAGCUUUGUAAGUGGCGCUAUGCUUCAAGCUAUGACAGUCUGGUACCUCUUUAGCAUCAAUUUUGGAUGCUCAGAGAAGGCGUGUCAAUGUCUGCUCCUUAAAUACAAUGAUAUCCUUUCAAAAUAAACCUCCAUGUCCACAGGAAAUGUAGGUUUUGGCAACUACUAUAGAAGAGGCCGAUAAACAACUUGUUAGGUUUAGAAAAAAGAUCAUUGUUUAGGUUAAAAGAAAGACGUUUGUUACAUAACUUCACUUUUGUAAGUAAGUUAACAAGUAUGCCACAUAACAUAUGUAGUCUGACUCACCAGAUGUAGACUGUGGCUAUAAGCCUGCCAUUGGCUGACUAUUUAGACCAGCAUUCUCACCCCCUUCUGCUAUCUGCAUGUUACCGUUUUCAAACCCCCUACAUUACGGGAAACAACAACAACCUUUAAGCUAACAACAUACACGCUGAAAAUGGCAAGUUUUGACAAAGAUUUUGGUCAUGCAAUAAGGCAUGCCUGCUUUGUUUUUUUGUGAAUUACUGUAAAGGUCUAGAACAAAUAAAACAAUUUGUGAACUCAGAAAAGCUCAGACGUUGACUUGCGGGACUCUCAAGCCUGAUGCCGAUUCAUUUCUCACAACCUAUACAGUCUGUAGUGUGGUAAAGUAGAGUGUAUUUGACAAAGUUGCCAGUUAAUUAUGUCGAGGUGCCACCAGAAAGUUCACAAGUAUGGCUAUAUAUUACACGCCAGUCCCACAUUAUGGGUAUCAAAAAAAGUACUCCACUGGUAUUGGUAUCACUCUAAGAAUACUGGUAUUGGUAUCUAAUUUUUUAAAUGCUACCCAGCCCAAUCUGUGACUGUUUUUUGUGGCCUUACUUGCCUCCUGACAUGCAAAUGUUCCAAUGAAACAAGUUCCCUCCCGACGGUAUUUUGCAAGGACACCACGGCAUCCUGGGCUUGGUGUCACCCAAGACGAUUCUGAUUGGUUUAAAGAAAUAGAAAAUGAGCCAUAGGAUUUUUUUCCCCCUAUAGCAGAAUGAUACUGUGUGCUUACAGACCCUUCUCUAGCGCUGGUCUGGCUAUGCAAUGCUAUGACUUAUGAGAUGUGACACAUGUCACGUGAUGAUAAUUCCAUCACAGUUUUGAAAAAACUCAAUGUUAACUUUUGGUUUAUGAUGGAACACAAACAGCUGUAUCCUGGGUGGAAGUCCUGUGUUUGUUUGACUUACCCACCAUUGUUUCCUCCCACCCUACAUGGACUUUCUCACUUUUUAAACUAUGUCAUUGUCACAGAUGGGUUUACAUUGGAGUUAGCUGAAAGCCCCAUGCAUCUCUAAAAUGCUAAAUACUACAAAAUACUAAAAUAGUGCAUUGGUAUCUUAUGCUUUGACACCCUGGGGACCUGGGGAUAACGAGAACGAGUUGGCAUAUUGGAGUGAUUUUGAAAUAUUUUUCUUGCUCUAACCCCCAUUGCCUUACACACACACACACACACACACACACACACACACACACAUACACACGCACGCACACAACAAGAGUAGCCGGCAAAAAUGGAAAAUAAAGAAGUGACUCAGAAUGAGUCACAGUUUGACUAAACUAAAAUGACUUUUUUCCUGAAAGGCAGGUAAUGGGCAAGGUCUUCAAAGAGAGGAGAGCAACGUGAGAGGGAUUUUUGUCUGAAAGCAGGCGGGCAUCUGGGAUAAAAGAUGUGGAAGCAGCAUGGCUACACUAAAACUUAUCAUGCAUGAUUCAGUGCGCUGCUGCAAAUGAACCAUAACACACACAUACACACACACACACACACACACCUAACAGAAGCGUAUUGUGGGAGUAAUUCUUAAAAAAAUAUUCAGAAACUUCAGCAUUUCUGACAAGUGAAGGCAGCCCUCUUUGAAAGCCUUAAGGAGGACAGCUUCAUUUCCACUUAAUUUUAAGGCAGGUGACAGGCAAGUAUUAACACUGACAGUGGGUUGCAAAUCCUUUCAUUUGGUAUCUUUAGACCUUUUGUCUAAUAGUCUAUUAAGUCCAUUAGCUUUCUGUGUGGGAGAUUAGCCUGUGUGGAUAAUGUGCCAAAUUUGACAAAUGGGAAACUACACUGUCUGUCCCCUCAUGAUAGCCAUAGAAGGCAUAAUGUGAUAAAAAAAAAUUAAACGCAUGCCAUUUUUUAAUGUCCCACUAAUGUGAAAUUGUAUUUAUCUAAAGAAUGAAAAAGGAAGUCAGUUGAGACAAAUGAAAUAUGUCUUGGUGUGACUGAUUUCUUGGUCACUCUUUUAUGAGGCAGCUCAGACGGGCUGAGUGCUGCCAACGCUGCCUUUUCAACUGCCAAGCACUCUAAAUAAGAGUUUGAAGAAAUCUGAAGAUGAAUAGCCUUGUAUGUUUAUGCUGAAAGCAUUCCCUGACAACUAAAAGUCAUCAUCAGAAUGUAGCAGACUAUGCAUGUUCAUGUAUUUUUAUGUAGGUCUCUAGUUUAAAGGAAAAAAUGCUGCUGUGAACAGUGCCGGACCUAGCACAUUCGAUACCACCCCUAUAUUAUCCAUUGUUCUUUUAAAUUUACUGAACAAGACCAAGAGCUAAUGACAAAUCAGCACAAAUAAACAACUUAGCCAACAAUAAAAAUAAAUAACAAACACUGAUCAUCAGAUCUUUGGAUCAUUUUCCCCUUAUGUUUGAUUUUUUUUCACCUAUUUCGAAGAUCUGCCACUAACGCUGAAAUAAAAUUAUACCUGCAAGCUCAAAAAUAAGCACAGGGAUGGAUUUUGAAUUUGAAUUUCUUGAUGAGCUUUUCUGAGCUGGAAAAGAAGUUUGAGAACCUGUGGUUAUUCUAAAUUAUAGGUUUUACGGAGCAGAAGAGCAUUUGAAAAUUUCUCAGUAAGCCACAUUGGGCUAAGGUUUGCAUCCUGAUUGGACCCUGUUUUUUCAACACUUUUUACACACACACACACACACACACACACACACACACACACACACACGGACUACAAAAUAUUUACACUUAUGCAUUAACUCUGCAAGGUUUAGUUUCCAAAGACGGACAAAGGACUUAAAGAAUCUGUGAAAUAUCUGUGAAUUUUGUACACUAGAUAAAAGAAAAAAAAUGCUAAGGUUUAAAAAAAAAUGCUUCUAUGGAUGUUUUAUACUCAGCCUGAUCUCUUGAUAUGUCUGUGUGUUUCUCUAUUUCAGUUGGCUGUUUGUCUUUGUUUACUUUGUUUAGGGUUUUUUUUCUGGUGGGUGGGGGGGUUUGGGUAUCGGGAACCACGGGAUUGACUUUUAGUACUUGCAAUGAUAUAUGUUAUAAAGGUUUAAGAACAGAGAAAGCUUAACAUAGUGUACUACAUAAAAGAAAAGUUGUUAUAUUUGCAUGACUCCCUGUAUUUUUUGAGCGACAAAAAUAUAUUGUUGUGUACAAUGAGUGGACGUACAUUGAAAACAAAAACUGUAGGGGCUGAAAUAUUGUCAAGUACCUUUGGUUUGAACAUUUAGGUUUUAGCUGUUUAUUUUUUUUUAAACUCUCUGUGACAUUUUCUAUUUACAUUCUAUUGGUUUUCAUUUGGGUGACUGUAUUAUAUACCGACACUGCAGUUACCAUUACUACUCUUUGAGCCACAGGCUGGUGGAGUGUGCAGAGCAAAGAGGGGAUAAAAAAAAAAAAAGUCUGAGGCUGGUGGGUGUUUACAUGCAUCUGUUAUGAGAAACUGCACUCAGUUCUUCUCCAUUACAAAGAUUAUUCUCCAUGGCACACAUGCAAAGACAUCGUCUUUGGCUUGAGGCGAGGCCCUGUCACAGUUUGUGGUUGUAUUUUCUCUUAACUCAGCCGUCUUCUAUAUGGAAAAAAGAAAACUGUUCAAGUUUUUCCAGUUAAAGACAUAAUAAAUGACAAUAUAUGUACAAAGAAUAGUGAGUGACGCAAGCACACACACACACACACACACACACACACACACACUGUGGAUUGUCUAAUGGUUUUAACCUAAUCCCAAUCCAUCAGUUAGAAGUCACAGGCAAAUCAAUGCAACAUCAGCAGCUUCUCUUUCAGCCUCAGCCCACUUGCUGUUAGCUAAAUCAGUGAUCUUCAUUCCUCAUCCUCUGCUCUCAGAGCCUGCUGGUGUUCUAUCCAACUAGUUAAUUGAAUUCAUCUUAUAUCCAGCCUGUUGUGAACCAGGCUUUUAUCAUUGGUCUUUUAUUAUACACUGUAUUAUACAGUCUGUCCUCUGCUGAAUAGCUUUUAGUGUGCACAGAAAAGACUGUAUCUUGACCUGAUGCAAAGAGAAUAGAUAGCUGUGCUGCUGUAGAGACUAAAACUAUAUGUUAAAAACUGAAGUCCUUAUGACAUGAAUACAGUCAAAAGACGAUCAUUUAUAUUCCACAGCACUCAAAAACAUUUUAGUUUUUAGAUAAAUAAAAUUUAAAUGAACGAGUAUGACCACAGAGAGAAACAAAUUAAGUAUAAUUGGUUUCCGUGGACAGAGUAGAGUCUUUAAAGGAGGCAGAGGCUUGAGUACAUUUCAUUUGGCACCAACCCAAUAAUGCGUUGGUAACACCUUCAGUACUGCAGCUCUGCUGAUACAUUACUUAUUGCAUUAGGGUCAGUGCAAUGACAGCAAGUCAUAAGUCAUAGCCGUGUUUACAUUCUGCAGUGAUAAAACAGGACCCCCCAGCUGAGAUGUAUAGCCCUACUCUGUGGCAAAGCCUUUGCCAAACCCUAAAGAGGCCUCCCCACGCCAAUUAUAAAGACAAAAUGAAAUGCAUUAACCUGAGGCUGAGUCUUCCCCUCAGCUUGUCAAUAUGGCAAUGCUAUAUUAUAGCAUUAGCCAGUUUGUAGAGUCAUGUUUUAAUUGGGUAAAAUUGCACUUAAAUUUGAUAAGGCAGUUUUAUUGGUACUGGAGGCUAAUCUGUAACUCAGAGCUUCCAUUUUUCUGAUGCCAGAUCCAGAGUGGCGAAACUUGCUAAAAGGUCCAAUUGCAGUGAGAGCAGACGCAGUUCAGUGUCAGAAGCCCAUCAGUCUGAUCAAUGUUUAUGUUUUCCACGCUCGUGAAUAGAAGAGGCUGGGCACCCAUUGCUAUUCCAAACACACAAUCCAGUGCUGUGGUACUCCCAAAGCCAGAAUGAUUGGCCUUGUCAGUGCCAGAGAUUGAAAAACUCUGCAGCUUCCAAAAAUGGCUGUCAGUUCAGAGAGGGAAGGCAGGGGAGAGGGGCCAUCCUUGACUCAUUGAGGAAAUUGAAUGUCUGUGGAUUGAUCGGUUCAAAAGCUUAUAGUGUCUUGGCCUUGCAGCAACCAUGCACACGAUGCAGAAACAUGUACUGUUAAAUAGACAUGUUGUAGAACUCUGAGCCUAAAUCAAACUAUUAUUCGUUAAGGAUUAGGGAUCCCCAAACCUGCUCCGUCAGUCAUCAGUAUUUUGACAUCUGCUGAGCUCUAAUUCCUCUGAGCUUAGGGAUCGAACUUCACACAUGUCGUGGCACAAUGUGACAUGCCAUAAGCUUCAGGACAUAUUUGAGAAAAGUACAGUGCAGAUUUUAAAUAUACAAUGUUUCAGUGGUUGAACAUUGCAUUUCUUUUGCUGUAGUGACAUAUUUUAUGUUCUUUUUUUAGUGACAUAUCCUUUUCCCUUUGCAAAUGCAUUUUUUUUUCAUUUUUUUUCCAACUCAAAGAACUGAGUAGAGACAAUUCACUGUCUUGCAGAUUGCAUCAUCUGAAAAUAAGUAUAAGUAGUAUGAAUAGCCCCUUAAAAAUAACAACACAACCAUUUUAUAAACAGUAUAAUCGCUAAAGUGCUAAAGUAUAACCACCAUCUCUGUGAUCCCUUCAAGGCCAAGGGCCAAAGCUAAUUCUCACAUCAAUAUUUUAGUUCCUAUUCGGCUAUUUAUGUAACAUUUGUGUCAAUUAGGGUUCUUGCCAAGUUGACAGUAUCAGGGGGUCUUUUGGUCUUAAAAUCAAGAGGCUGUCACUGUAUCAAAUCAAAAGGCCCAUGGUCAUAUUCUAUUCAAAUCUAAUGUGACUCUCCCCUCUGGUUUCAGCUCUACACACUAAUGUUUGGAGACCAAAAGGGAAAGACAAAACAAAGGUUUGGAUGAUGGGAACAAUUCUUGGCUUUUUUCUUUCUUUAAUUAUUUGUUGCUGAUAUUGACAUUUUUUCCCUUUGCGAUUUCUGUACAAAAGAUCUAUUUCUAUAUUUGCAAUAAAUUUGUAAUGAAA